AUGAUGGCGGUAGACGUGGAGAAGCUGGUGGCCUACAUGCCAUUCUUGGUCGAGACGCUGACGGCGCCAUUAGAUAUCUUCCUCUACAUGCUGAUCCUCUUCAUCAUCCUUGGCCUUCCCUCCCUUGGCGGCAUCAUCAUCAUGUCGUUCUGCAUCCCGUUCAACUACUAUGCCAGCCGAUUCAUCAAAAACGCGCAGCAGGCCCAGAUGUUGGUCAAGGACGAGAGGACCAAGGUCUCCAAUGAGGUGCUGAACGGGAUGAAGCUCAUCAAGCUCUACGCCUGGGAAGAAGCGUUCGAGAAGAAGAUCAACAAUUUGAGGGACAAGGAGGUCCGUAUCCUGCGCAGCGUAAAUCUGGCAGCCCGAAUCGUCGACGCCGUCAAUACGUGUGCUCCGUAUGUGGCCACCGUCGCCACAUUUGCGCUCUUUGUUCUCGUCACGACUGAGAACGUGCUCACUCCACAGAUUGCCUUCGUCGCGCUGACCAUCUUCAACCAGAUCAAGUACCCGAUGCGCUACUUCUCGACACUGUUGAAUUACUUGGUGCAGGCGCUGGUCUCGAAACGACGUCUCGAAGCCUUCUUGGCGGAGGAGGAGCUCGAUCAAGCCGAAGCGCUGCCUGCGCCCGAGGGAAUGGCGCUAGCUAUUAAAAAUGCCUCCUUCACCUGGUCGGGGCCAAAUUCCCCAUCUGUACUCCGCGACAUCUCACUCACCAUCAAAAAGGGCGAAUUCGUCGCGGUCGUCGGUUCAGUUGGCGCCGGCAAGAGCAGCCUUCUAAACGCUAUCCUGGGUGAGAUGACGACAGCGGAGGGACUGGUCUGCAGAACAGGAAGCACCGCUUUUUGCCCCCAAGAACCCUGGCUUCAGAAUGCGACGAUUCGGGAGAAUAUACUUUUUGGGAGGCCCUACGAUCGACAACUAUUCCGGAGGAUUUUGGAGGCGACAGAGUUGGCGUCUGACUUGAGACUUUUUGACAAAGUGGACCAGACGAUGGUUGGAGAGAAUGGCCUAAUGCUUUCCGGAGGUCAAAAAGCCAGAAUCGCGCUGGCCAGGGCGUUGUAUCAAGACUGUGACAUCUACCUCCUUGACGACAGUCUGUCCGCACUUGAUGCCCACGUCGGAGCUACCGUAUUCCAGAAGGCCCUCGGCAAUCAGGGGUAUUUGGGCGGGAAGACGAGAAUAUUAGUUACGCAUGGCCUCCACUUUACCAAGAAUUGCGAUCGUAUCGUAGUGAUGCUGAAUGGCGAGAUUCAUGCCGUAGGGACGUAUGAGGAAUUGAAGGCUGGCAAUGAGGUAUUCGCCAAGAUGCUAAUUGAUGACGAGAGUGCAAAGGCGAGGAAACGAGCCGAGAGCCAGGUGGAGGAUGAAGAUGAGGCGGAUCUAGAGGCGGCGAAACAACGUCACCUCAGCGUUGCGAAACAGGCGAUGUCGAUGGCCGAAUCGAUCGCUCAAGAAGGAGAGAAUGGCCAAGCUGAAGUGGUGGGAAGCGGAAAGGUGUCCGCAGCGAUCUACAUGGCCUACAUCCGAGCGGCCACCAUCAAAUGGGCUUUGUUUUUGCUUGGCGCGUAUUUGCUCAGCUGCAUUUUCGGCAUUUUCCGCGCGCUAUGGCUCUCUUCCUGGACCAACGAUAAUAAGGAUGGGGUGGCGACCGGAGAUACCUACACAGAAUUGGCUGGAUUUUCCGCACUGGCCAUUCUUGAAAUAAUCUUCCUGAUCGCCGCCCAGUUCGCAUUGGUUUUUGGCUGCCAAUCGGCCAGCCUGAAGCUGCACUCGCCGCUGUUGGCGUCAAUUUUGAGAUCCCCAAUGUCCUUCUUCGACCAAACGCCGGUUGGGCGUAUUGUGAAUCGACUUUCUAGGGACCUAGAAGUGAUCGAUUCGCUGUUACCGACGAAUAUCGGCUCGGCCACAAAUUGCGCCAUGCAGGUAUUUCUCGUGCUCAUCAUGGUCUGCAUCUCCACGCCUCUCUUUCUGGUAGCUAUAGUCCCACUGGCUGCGAUUUAUGUGUUGAUUUUGAAAUACUUUAUCGGCUGCGCGCGGCAAUUCAAGAGGAUCGAAAGCGCCCAGCGGUCUCCUCUGAUUUCGAUGUUUGGCGAGAGCGUUAAAGGAGCCUCAAGUAUCCGAGCUUAUAAUAAAGUCGACACCUCCUGCAAAACCUUCGCCACCUUUGCCGACAGUUUUGCCAGAUGCAAAUUUUGCACGUUUACAGGGAAUCGAUGGAUUGGAUUACGUCUGGAGCUCCUCGGAAAUUCCGUCUCCUUCUUGGCAGCGAUCCUGGGGAUAGUUUCUACAAGAAUGUGGGGUCUAUCGGCGGCUAUGGUCGGGAUGAGUAUAUCGUAUGCGCUUACGAUCACAGACAUGCUAUAUUUUGGCGUACGCUGCAUGACAGAGCUGGAAACCUACAUCGUAUCAGUCGAGCGAGUGCAGGAAUAUUCCGAUCUACCGGCUGAACGCGAAUGGCGCUCCCCAAUCCCGCCACCCAAGGGCUGGCCCCAGCACGGGAAAAUCGAGCUGCGUCAGUACAGCACCCGAUACAGGGAAGAACUCCCGCUAGUCAUCAAGGAACUCUCCGCAAAAACGCGGCACAGCGAAAAAGUGGCAGUUAUUGGCAGGACUGGCUCUGGCAAAAGCUCCCUCACCCUGGCACUGUACCGAAUCAUCGAAGCGGAUACGGGCAAGAUUUUCAUCGAUGGAAUCGAUAUUUCCACUAUUGGCCUUCAUGAUUUGAGGGAGAAGCUGACGAUUAUUCCGCAGGAACCGAUCCUGUUCUCCGGGUCUGUGCGCUUCAAUUUGGAUCCGUUUAGCCGGCACCAGGACGAUGAGAUUUGGAACGUUUUGGAGUCCUGUCAACUCAAACCCUAUAUCGCUGCCCUUCCGGAACAAUUAAGCCACCCAAUCGCUGAGGGCGGCCAGAAUAUGAGCGUCGGCCAACGUCAGCUCAUCUGUCUUGGAAGAGCGCUGCUGCAGAAGGGCAAAAUCUUGGUGCUAGAUGAGGCCACAGCCGCGUGCGAUGCCCAAACGGACGCUUGCGUGCAGCGGAUCAUUCGUACUGAUUUCUCCGAUUCUACCGUAAUCGCCAUCGCCCAUCGGCUGAAUACGAUCGCGGAUUAUGACCGCAUCAUGGUCCUCGACGCGGGGCGGCUGCGCGAAUUCGACGCUCCUGGGUUUUUGCUGCGGGACCCUGAAUCGAUUUACACACAAAUGGUGGCAAAAACGAGAAAGGGACAC